AUGACCUCAGCUCGCAAGUCAAACUUAUUGGCAUCCUUACGAACAACGAUUCCACAAAUCUUCAAUGAUGCUCAGAAACCCAAUGCAAAUCACAGAAAGUAUUCGAUUGCACUUCGCAAACUUCAGGUCCAAUUAUGUUUAAAUUCGCCUAUCGACAAGGACAAAUCACAUGACAUUGAUUACGAAGGCGAAGAAGCAUUUGAUAAAGAGUUCUUUCGAAAUGUCAAUAAAAUCCUCACAGUAAAGAAACGUGAACCACAUGCAGACAGAAUUGUUAGAUUUAUUGCAGCCUUUUUACAAUACACACAGCAACAAGUAAACGAUGGUGAUGAUAUGGAAGGAGAGGAGACUGUAUCAUCCCGUUUUGUGGAACACCUUAUGCGUCACCUCAUCAAGGGUUUGAUGGCUAAGAAUAAAACGGUGCGAUUAAGAAGUUGCCAAGUUGUAGCCCUCAGUGUAAAUUCAUUGGGAGAAAUCGAUGAAGAUAUCUACCAAGAUUUGAAGCGAGCCUUGUUUGAACGUAUCAGAGACAAGGAGGCCAGUGUUCGCAGUCAGGCUGCUACUGCUCUUUCUAGACUCCAGGGUGCAGAUUCUGAAGUAGACGAAGUAGAUGGAAAGACAAUCACACAGAAACUAGUCUGGGCACUUCGGCAUGAUCCUAGCGCUGAGGUUCGGAGAGUAGUUUUGUUCAACCUGGACCAGACUUAUGAAACGAUUCCUUAUAUUGUCGAGAGAGCCCGAGAUGCGGAUGCCACUAAUCGUCGAGUGGUCUACUUGAAGCCAAUGGCUGAGAUACAAGAUUUCAGACUGAUACCUUGCCAAGAAAGACACUUGCUUCUCAAAUGUGGACUCAAUGAUAGAGAUCCAUUGGUAAAAAAGGCAGCCAGUAAGAUGAUCUCAAUGCAUUGGAUUAGACAUGCAGACCACAACUUACUCGAGUUUCUGGAACGAAUGGAUAUUUUGGAAGGCGAUGCAGCCGAAGAUAUUCUUACCGCAUUCCUUUCUUCCCGUAUCGAUAUCGUUAAUUCAAUUAAAUUUGACGAUCAAUUUUGGAAUAAUCUUUCACCCGAAAGUUCUUUCCUUGCAAAAGUUCUUAUUCAAUUCUUACAGGCUAAAGAAUACGAUGAAAAGCUUGAUGCCGUUCUUCCCGAGGUUACCCGACUCUCCUUUAUUACUCAAGAUUAUGCCCAAUUGUGGAGAGAAGCAGAAAAGGGAACAAAGGGAGAUUAUGAGUUUAUUGUUACUCAACUCCUAGAUAUUGCAAAGUGUUUAGAUUAUGCUGAUGAAGUAGGAAGACGAAAGAUGUUUGAUUUGUUACGUGAGCUUAUUAUGGUCCCAGACAUAUCUGACAAUCAUUUGGCAAGUGUGGUUGAACUUUUCAAGAUCAUCUCAUUUGAUGAAAGAGAUUUUACAAGAACUAUGGUGGAAAUUAUAUCAGAUAUUCAAGAAGUAUCUGGCUUGGGUGAACAAGAAAGUUCAUAUUCUGUUAGUAAUCAUCAACCGGAACCCGUUACCGACACCACACCCCUUAAGAAAAUUAAGCUCAGUAACCGUGUUUCCCCAAAACUUGAAGAAGAUCUUGACAGAGAACCCGAUAUUUUAAGGAAGAAGCUUGCACAACUAAAAUGCCUGACGAUUUGUAAACACAUAUUAGAAAGAAGUGAAGAGACCUUACAAAAUAACUCUACUCUGUAUGGCUUGUUGAAUGAACUUAUUGUUCCUUCAGUUAAAAGCAAUGAAACCGUGCUUCUGGAAGAAGGUUUACACUGUCUUGGCCUGUUUUGCUGCUUGGACAAAACACUUGGACAGCACAACCUCCCUCUUCUCACCCAUCUGUUAAAAAAAGGACAUUUGGAACUUCAGCAAAAAUCUUUAAUGAUUCUGUUUGAUAUGCUUACAUGCUAUGGUCUGGACUGGAUGGUGUCUGGAUUAGUCGGUCUGGAUGAAGUAAAAGAUAUAUUUGAACGUUCUCUUGAUCACGAUGAUCCGGAUAUGCAAGCAAUUGCAGCCCAAGGUCUAGCCAAACUAAUGCUCUCGCGCAUUUACCAGAACCGAGAUACUCUCAAACUCUUGAUUCUAUUGUACUUUUUCCCUUCAACCAUUGACAAUAUAACCAUUCAACAAUGCCUGAGUUAUUUCUUCCCUGCCUUUUGUUACUCGUCUACCGUCAAUCAAAGAAUGAUGGCAGAAGUUGCGGUUGAAGCACUCGAAGACCUUUGUAGUACCUUUGAUGAUCUGGAUGAGAAUGAAAAGAUGACAUCCCCAGGCCAAAUUGCAGACAUGUUGGCCGACUGGACUGAACCACGCAAGGUAGCAAAGUAA